AUGGCUGCUCAGGUCCGGGAAGUGACGGGCAGCGGCCCAGCCGGGGCUUGCUUCUAUAACCUCUGCCUGUGGAUCGGGAAAUGCAUCGCUCUAGACUUGGCCCGCAGGAACGCACACGUCAUCCUGGCCUGUCGGGACAAAGAGAAGGGCCAGGCUGCGCUGGACGAGAUCCGCAGGGCCACCGGCAACCCCAGCAUGCGCCUGCGCCUCCUGGACGUCAGCUCCAUGGCCUCCGUCCGAGAUUUUGCCAGGCAGUUCCUGAAGGAGGAGAGCCGGCUGGACAUCUUGGUCAAUAAUGCAGGGAUCACAGGCUUGCCGGUGGCCCCCACCGCCGAGGACCUGGAACAGAUGUUUGCCACCAAUGUCCUGGGCCCCUUCCUGCUCACCAGCUUGCUUCUGGACACCGUAAAGGCCUCUGCCCCCGCACGGAUUGUGAACGUCUCUUCCUUCGUGCACUGCAAGGGGACAGUGAACAUCAGGUUCCUGACCGGUGAAGAGUGGCCAAAAAGCUGCACCCAGGCCUACUACAGCUCCAAGCUGAUGAACGUCGUCUUCACAAUCGAGCUGGCCAGCCCGAUCCAUUGUCCUUUCAGUCGUCCUCCUCACUCUCCUAGUCUGCACACGCUCCAUUCCGUCCACAUCCUUUUGGAAGCGGGGCCCCCGGAACUGGAGGUGCGGCCUGACCAGUUCAGGUCCGCAGAAGAGGGUGCCACCAGCACGCUGUACUGUGCCGUCUCCAGGGAAGUCGAGGGCAUCACGGGCAAGUACUUUGACAGCGACUGCAGCCUGGUGCUGCCUGCGGACCGUGCCCAAGAUCCAGGCAUCGCCCGCAAACUCUGGGAUGCUUUGGAGCAGCUGACGGGCCUCCGGGACGGUGGGACCAAGUGA